AUGGCGCUGUCGUUUGAGCGAGCCGACAAUAUUGAUGCAUUUGGUGCUAGUGUCUCGACAUCGUCCACCGCAUCGCUCACCGACAGUGUUCGCGAGUAUCGGCUGCUGCAUGGGAGAACCUACUCGCAAAAGACGGAGUACUGGGCACCCAACGAUAACAAACAGACGGAGGCUCUCGACUUCAACCACUUUUGGCAGCUUGAUUACUUUGGCGGAAGGUUGACUAUGGCUCCUAUUGGAGACAGUCCUCAUCAUGUUCUCGAUGUAGGCACUGGCACUGGCAUCUGGGCGAUCGAUUUUGCCGACACCUAUCCUUCGGCGGAGGUCAUCGGUGUUGAUAUUUCCCCAAUCCAACCUUCCUGGAUCCCGCCGAACGUCAAGUUCCAGAUUGAUGACUUCGAGCUCGACUGGACCUUUCGCGAAAACUUCUUUGACUUCGUCCACAUCCGGAAUCUUGAGGCUGCCGUCGCCGACUGGCCCAAAUUGUACAGCCAAGCUUUCACGCAUACCAAGCCCGGUGGAUACAUCGAAGUCAAGCAAAUCGAUAUCAAGACACGGUCGCAAACUAUAGAGUUGACAGAUGACCACAUUUUUAGCAGGUGGUACAAGAAUAUUAGCGAGGCCACUGAAAAAAUAGGCAAGUCCGUUAAAAAUGUGGAUGAUCACGGUCUGGCCAAAGGCGUCAAAGAUGCCGGGUUCGUUGUUGAAGAAGAAAAGGUAUACAGAAUACCUAUUGGAGGUUGGAGCAAGGACGCAACCCUAAAGGAGCUUGGCGCUCUUAACUUGGAGUUCAAUGACCAGUCAUUGGAAGGCUUCGGUCUCUAUCUGUUGAAGGAAGUCCUCGGGUGGGAGUACGUGGAGGUCAUGGUGUUCGUCAGUGAAAUGCGCCAGGCCCUCCGGGACCCGAAGAACCAAGCGUAUUACAAUCUGCACUUGGUGUAUGGCCGCAAGCCAGAGGAGACUCAAGAGACCCCUGCUGCUUGA